UAAAGCACGCGUCUUGAUGUCCACUAGCCCUGAAGUGAGUCCAGCCAACGGUGAUUCGCCUGUAGACGAGUUCAGUCUCAAGACGGCCGCGCACGUCACGUGUCGCAGCUCCCUGGUGGGGGCGGUCCUUGGUGUUGCGAGCUGGCCUGUGCACGCUUUGGUAUUCCGUUGCGUGGACAGAUUGAACCUCUGGCCAGAGCAGCUUGCGGCGGAGGCAGCAGAGCGUCACCCAUUCGCAACACCGUGUUUCAUUUUUGUUGAUUGCACGCUCUCCACCCCCACUACCGCCGUCUCUUGCAUUGAAGCCGCUCCGCGUGCCACUGAAGCUGCGGCUUCGCCCUAUAUUCCACCAUGGCGUCCUCCCCGAGCAUGUUGACCAAGUUCGAGUCCAAGUCCUCGCGGGCCAAGGGCAUCGCCUUCCACCCCAAGAGACCCUGGAUCCUAGUGUCGCUGCACUCCUCCACCAUCCAGCUAUGGGACUACCGCAUGGGCACCCUGAUCGACCGCUUCGAAGAGCACGACGGGCCGGUUCGCGGCGUUGACUUCCACAAGACGCAGCCAUUAUUCGUAUCUGGUGGUGAUGACUACAAGAUCAAGGUUUGGUCGUAUCAGACCAGACGGUGUCUGUUCACACUGAGCGGCCAUCUGGACUAUGUCCGAACCGUCUUCUUCCACCACGAGCUACCUUGGAUCAUCAGUAGUUCAGACGACCAGACCAUCCGCAUCUGGAACUGGCAGAACCGCUCUCUUAUCUGCACCAUGACUGGCCACAACCACUACACAAUGUGUGCGCAGUUCCACCCGAAGGACGACCUCGUCGUCUCCGCUUCGCUCGAUCAGUCUGUUCGCGUCUGGGAUAUCUCUGGGCUGAGGAAGAAGCACUCCGCGCCGACGUCCAUGAACUUCGAGGACCAGAUGGCUCGCUCGAACCAGAACCAGGCAGACAUGUUUGGAAACACGGAUGCAGUUGUCAAGUUUGUUCUUGAGGGCCACGACCGAGGUGUGAACUGGGUCGCCUUCCACCCUACACUGCCAUUGAUCGUUUCCGCUGGUGACGAUCGCCUUGUUAAACUGUGGAGGAUGUCGGAGACAAAGGCCUGGGAAGUCGACACUUGCAGAGGGCAUUUCCAGAACGCGUCAGCGUGUUUGUUCCACCCACACCAGGACCUGAUUCUGUCGGUGGGCGAGGACAAGACUAUCCGGGUAUGGGAUCUCAACAGGAGGACAUCCGUACAGUCUUUCAAGAGGGAGAACGACCGCUUCUGGGUUAUUGCAGCGCAUCCGGAAAUCAACCUUUUCGCUGCUGGUCACGACAACGGUGUCAUGGUCUUCAAGCUGGAGCGGGAGCGUCCUGCGUCUGCCGUCUACCAGAACAACCUCUUCUACAUCACCAAGGAGAAGCACGUCCGGUCGUACGACUUCCAGAAGAACCUCGAGUCUCCUUCCAUGCUUUCUUUGAAGAAGCUCGGUAGCCCGUGGACACCCCCACGGACUGUUUCGUACAACCCUGCUGAGCGCUCGAUUUUGGUCACCUCGCCUGCGGAUAGCGGCACAUAUGAGCUGAUCAGCCUCCCACGCGACGCAUCUGGAGCCGUGGAGCCAACCGAUACAAAGCGCGGUUCCGGAAACUCGGCCGUCUUUGUGGCGAGGAACAGGUUCGCGGUCUUCCACCAAGCUAAUCAGCAGAUCGACAUCAAGGACCUUACCAACUCGACCACAAAGACGAUCAAGCCUCCGCAUGGCACCACCGACAUCUACUUUGGCGGCACUGGCAACUUGCUCCUCAUCACACCUACCACGGUCAUAUUGUACGACAUUCAAGCGAAGAAGAACCUGGCAGAACUUGCCGUGGCUGGCGUCAAGUAUGUCGUCUGGUCUUCAGAUGGGCUUCACGUAGCUCUUCUAAGCAAGCACAAUGUCACCAUUGCCACCAAGAACCUCGACCAGGUCAGCACACUGCACGAGACCAUUCGAAUCAAGAGCGCUACCUGGGACGAUACCGGCGUCCUCCUGUACUCGACCUUGAACCACAUCAAGUACAGCUUGAUGAAUGGCGACAACGGUAUUGUUCGAACUUUGGAGCACACGGUUUACCUUGUAAGGGUCAAGGGCCGCAACAUCUACUGCCUGGACAGGGCCGCGAAGCCCAAGAUUCUUCAAAUCGAUCCCACCGAGUACCGUUUCAAGCUCGCUCUUGUCAAGCGCAACUACGAUGAAAUGCUUAACAUCAUCAAGACCUCCAGUCUUGUCGGUCAGAGCAUCAUCUCGUACCUGCAGAAGAAGGGUUACCCGGAGAUUGCGCUUCAGUUCGUCCAGGAUCCUCAAACACGAUUUGAACUGGCCAUCGAAUGUGGCAACCUGGAGGUCGCUGUAGAAAUGGCGAAACAGCUUGACCGCCCUAAGCUCUGGCAGCGACUUAGCACGGAGGCUCUCGCACAUGGUAACCAUCAAAUAGUCGAGAUGACUUACCAGAAGCUGCGGAACUUUGAUAAGCUGUCGUUCUUGUAUCUGUCGACAGGUGAUCAAGACAAGUUGAAGCGUAUGGCGAAGAUCGCCGAACACCGUGGUGAUAUGACCGCGCGCUUCCAGAACGCGCUCUAUCUGGGCGAUGUUCAGAACAGGAUUGAGAUGUUCCAGGAGAUUGACUUGUAUCCGUUGGCCUAUGCUACUGCAAAGGCUCACGGGCUUGAUGAGCAAGCGCAGUCGAUUCUCGAAGCAGCUGGCAUCACAGAAGACCAGAUCAGCGUACCAGCGAUAGGUACCCCUCUCGAGCCAUCAAGGCCGGUUGUUCCGACCUUCAAAGCGAACUGGCCCACACGCGCAGCAUCUUCGAGCGUCUUCGAGAAAGCCCUCGCGGGCGAGAUUGAGGGCGUUGGUGACGAGGAGCCAGCCGCCAACGGAUACGGUGACGAGGAUUUGCUCGGUGAUUCAGAACCCGCCGGUGCAAGUGCUGAGCUUGGUGGUGAUGAUGACGAUGAGGAUGUCGGCGGUUGGGACAUGGGAGAUGAUGGUGAUGCAGAGGCUGAAGACGACUUCGUCGAGGUUGAGGGUGCCGACACAGGGGCUGGCAGCAGUGAGGCUGACCUGUGGGCGCGCAACUCGCCGCUGCCAGCAGACCACGUUGCAGCGGGCUCUUUCGAGACUGCUAUGCAAUUGUUGAACAGGCAAGUCGGUGCUGUCAACUUUGCACCUCUGGAAGACCGCUUCCAGGAGAUUUACCAAGCGACACGAACCUUCCUUCCCGCUACACCAAACAUGCCCUCUCUGGUCAACUACGUACGGAGAACAGUCACCGAGACAGACUCACGAAAGAUCCUACCCAUCAUUCCGCGAGACCUUGAGUCCACACUCUCUGCCGACUUGGCUGCCGGCAAGCAAGCACUGCUCAAGAAUCAGCUUCCGGAUGGUGUCGCUGCUUUCAAGAGGUUACUGCACCUGAUGAUCGUCAAUGUCGUAGCAUCGCAAGCAGAGCUGACUGAGGCCAAGAAGGCCAUCCACACCGCAGCGCAAUACACUCUUGCUAUGUCUAUCGAGCUUGAGCGCCGCGCACUCACCAAGGGUGCCACCGACAUCUCAGCCCUUUCUGACGAGGACAAGAAACGUGCUCUGGAGCUGUCUGCCUACUUCACUGUGCCUGAGCUCGAGGGAGCUCACAGGUCUCUUCCUCUUUCCGCGGCCAUGAACUUUGCCCACAAGAACAAGCAGCUCAACACCGCGCUCAACUUCGCGAAUACUUUGCUUGACAGGACCAAUAACGCGAAGAUGAAGGAGUCUGCCAAGCGUGUAAAGACCGUUGCUGAGAGGAACCCCGCCGACGGCAUCGAAAUCGACUUCGACCAAUUUGCCGACCUUGAGAUCUGUGCUGCCAGCCACACGCCCAUUUACGGUGGCAGCCCCUCUGUUGCUUGUCCCUACGACGGCUCCAAGUACCACGGCAGAUACAAGGGGACUGUGUGCAAGAUUUGCGAGGUCUGCCAGAUUGGCGCCCCAGCGAGUGGCCUGAGGUUGGUCGGUUAGACAACGAUGGAUUUUGAGUCUUAGCAUUGCUUAUGGUUAGAGUUGCGAGUUGUGGCAGCAUUAUGAGGAUGAUAGAAGUAGUGAGCCUGGGCGCUCAACAACAAAAUGCGAAACGAUCUAAUGUUCAAGCUUGACCGCAUCCUUGAAUUGUGAGAGUAAAUGCUACG